UGUUAGCUGUUGCUGCUGCUGAUAGCUGAACUUGAGUCUCCCCCGGGGGCCAACCGUCAAAGCGAUCUGUCCAAUAGUUGCUAUUUAAUACAAGAAAGUAGAGAAGAACGUGGCUGCAGUCGCGGAUUACUUCGAUUAGUGACGUCUUAUUGGCCCACGCUAUAUACUAACUGCGACCAGUCGUUUCGUUCUUGACUAACUUUGAUUUUUGACAGGACAAUCUUUGUUGUUGUCUCGCGAUACUAAUUCUUCGUUAUGCAAAAGCUUGUCUGUUCACGCGGUCUAUCGCGGAAUCUAGUCAUGUCAAGCGAUUCUCGACGAUCGCUGUUAGCUGACGCAACGAUUAAAUAACCCAAUCUCUUUGCUACUAACUAUUCUUCAACUUCGAAUUUUUAUUUCUUUCUCUCUCUCUCUCCUCAACAUUGUGAUACCCCGCCAAGUGUAGAAUCUCGUUGGUAAACAACAUUACUCGCUCUCGCGCCAUGUUGGCAUUUCACCUUGGUCAUACCGCGAGAGACUGAUGCAGCAGCAUCGCGAAGAAGAACAGACAAUGACGACGUUUUUCGUCGAGGUAGCUGCCAAGUUUGUUGCCCCGAACGUCAGUUGGCGUUUGAGGUUAGCGAACUGCCAACGAUCUAGCUGCAGCAGCAAGUAUAGCGGCAGCAAGUGUUUAAUCUUUCAAGUGUUUUAAUGAUUGUUGUCUUUUGUGUGCCGCGUGCGUCUGUGUGCGUCGUCGACAAUGACUCGCCGACGUUGCGAUGAAUACACGACUCGACACGAUUUUAUGAAAUAAAGUACUAUGGACCAGCUGUCCGAAGGCCAAACAGUGAUGGUUAGCGGAGCUGGUGGAGCAGUUCAAGUUUUGCAAAUGGGUCAGGGUGGACAAACCAUGUUGAUGCCCCAAACAAUGCAAAUUGCAUCGCCAAAUGGGCCUAUUCAAGUGGUUCCUGUGUCAAGUAUAGGUGGACCUAAUCAGGUUGUCAUUCAACAACCACAGACACCUCAAAUCAUUCAAACACCUGAUGGCCAAACUUACAUCUACCAACCAGUUCAGCUUGAUGGUCAAGUACAGCAGCAAGCUCAACCAACAGUAAUCAAUAUCAAUGGGAACCUAAUGCAAAUAGCCAAUCCACAAACUCAAAACAGUGCAACAACUGCACAGGUUCAACAAAUAGCUGCACCUGCGGCAGCUACACAAGCAGGAAAUAUUGUUAUGAUGGUACCUGGUAAUGGUGCAACACCAACAUAUCAAAGGCUUGCCCUUCCCAACGCAGCAGAGAUUCUUGAAGAGGAACCUCUUUAUGUCAAUGCUAAGCAGUACAAAAGAAUUUUGAAACGGCGACAGGCAAGAGCAAAAUUAGAAGCUGAAGGGAAAAUUCCUAAAGAACGUCCUAAAUAUCUUCAUGAAUCGAGACAUAGACAUGCGAUGAAUAGGAUACGAGGUGAAGGUGGUCGUUUUCAUUCUGGACAAGUAAAAAAGAGAAACCGAGCUAAUAAUAGUUCCAACAACUCAGUUAUGCAGCAACAAACGAUAGCAACUUCAACUAGUAAUAAUUCUCUAAGAACUUUAAGUUUACCACCUAAUUCAAUGCAACAUAGUGCAGAUAAUAUAACAUCAACAAUCAUCAUUGAGAAUGGAGGAAGAGAUGUUCUACCAGAUAUUAUGAGUGAUGGAACGUUAGUUGAUAUUAAAUGAUAAGAAACCAAAAAAAAAUUUUGCUAGAAUUUCUACUGGACUUGUAUUGGAAAUUUUACUUGUGAUAUUUUGACACUUUGAAAGAAAAUGAUUUUAAAUCAUUGAUUAAUUGAUUGCUUAGCUUAUUGAAAGCUUAAGACAAUUUUUCCGGUCAUUCUGAUAAUGUACACUGUGAAGAUCCUGCAAUGUACUUUCGACUUUAAUACUAAGAACAUAAUUAAUUAAUAAAUUAAUUAUGAAUCAUCACAACUGUAAGACUAGGUUGUGUUUCAUAUUAGUUAUAAAUAGCUUGGAUAAAGUAUCUAAACUUGUAUAUUGUAAAUUUUGUCAGUCUACAUUGUAGAAUUUUUGAAAGUGUAAAUAUGUGAGAUCUGUGAGUAAAAAAAGAGUGCGUAUGUAUGAUGCAAUCUUAAAGUUAAUUGAAUAAGGAAAGAUAUUUUAUAAUUCGUGUAAAUGAUGAAAUUUUUUACACAUAAUUUUCAUUAUAAAAACUGCACUGUAUUUUAUUAGAUAAUUUGCGACAGGGGAGGCUUAGAUUUAUUAAGAAUUAAUGAACAAACUGAUCUAGAACUGUCUGAACUUUUGAUAUAUUUUUCUGGGGGUUCUAUCGGCAACGGAGGACCAAAAUAUUGAUUUUCGAUUACUUCUGUUCCCGUUUUCCCGAUAAAAUCUUGAUAUUCCGUGUAACCAGUGCUAUAAAAAAUGUUAAAUCAUCAGUUUAAUAUUUUAUUAUAGAUUUAAAAAAGAGAGCGUUUAGAUUCUAGUGUAAACUUUUUUUAUGCUAGAUUUAUAAGCACUUUUUUGAACUUCUUUAUCUUUUUCAAUGUAAAUGAAAUUAAUUUUGUAAUCUAUAUCAAUUUGCUUAUUUUAACUACAUAAAACGAUGUUUUUCUAAUAAAAAAUUACUUACUGGACUUUUAAAA